AUGAAAAACCCGGCGGACUGCUCCGUUGUGCCCAUCGGGCGAAUUCCAAUGGACAGUGCCUUCAAUGGCCAUCCCCGUCGGCGAGCUCACCACGGAGGAGCGAAGCUAAGUUCAAAAGGUGAAGAAAGGAAAAAACCUUCCCUCAAAGACAUAUUUGGCCUCACACCGCUGGACAUAUUUGGAAAGCCUUCAACUGAUGACGCGCCCGGCCCGGUAAAGCUGCUUCAGAACCUAGUCGGCACAACCACUGGCUCAAGUUCUCGCGAGCAGAGAGCUAAUCCUCCAGAAAUCCAAGAGCCUCAAGCUCAAAAUGCAGCUAACGAGCCCUAUCGGCCCCAAGGUAGCGGGCUAAUGCCACCAGUGGCGCAUCCGAAGCCGCAAGUGCCGCAGAUAGACACAAGGACCAACCUUGAGAAGUAUCUCGGCAUGAAAAUGCGGGAGUCCAGGGGUCACAUGCCGAUGUAUCCAAUGGUUGGUUUAGUUCCUCCUGUGUAUCAACAAAAUGCCUACUUCGGUCAGAUGCAGAUGCAGCCAAAUGCAGGACCUCAAUUCGCCUACCAGCCGCAGUUUGCAAGCCCAGCCCCUCCCGUAGAAGGCUUUCCCGAGAGCUGGGAAGGCCACGGAAUGGCCGCUGGCUACAUUCCUCCGUGCCACUUCGAGAAUCCGGCGGGUUAUCCGCAGCAAAUGACGCCCGCGGAGAAUCCGGCGGGUUAUCCGCAGCAAAUGACGCCCGCGGCGUACUCGCAAGCUCAUUCAGCCCCGCACAGUCGCAGCGCUUCUGAACAGAACUACAUUCCAGAAGCUUUACAAUUCGAUUCCCCUCCAGCGUGGUUUCAACACAAGUCCUACAUGCCGCAGGUGCCGCAGUUCAGCCACAUGACGGCCCCCGUUCCCGGGGCCCCCUUCCACCCCGGCUUCAGCUACGCCACAGACUUCAAGUACUACUACAACUAUUACCCUGCAGAGGACUACGCAGGCGAGAUCGACGGAGGCGACGCAGCGGCGCAGGAGGAGGCGGUGGCUCGCGAGCAGCAGCGCGCCGAGGAAAUCGCCGGCCAGCAGGCCGACGAGCCGCAGACCAUCAAGCCGAUCAUCACUUCCAAGAGGCGCCUGGAAUCAGGAAAAGCAGUUCCACUUUAA